AUGAAAACUGUCAAUACGGACUUUUUUUACUUUAAUAAAAUUGCUCUUUUUUUAAAUACAGGUCCGGAUAUCCUGGCCAACUUCGCUAAAAAUGUAGCGUCAGUAUUAUCACCAGCCAUCCUGGGCGAUAUACAUUCUCGCAACAAUCGAUCGUCCUUUCUAUCCACUUUGACAGUAUCCGACAAGCUCAAUAACUUGAAUUCACGCUCAGUCCUGAAUAACAUAGUCGAUAAAACGUCAAACGCAGCCACCUAUUACAAAUCACGCUCUUAUCCCUACAACGAGCUCUACGAGAACUCUUCUGAAGGACUCGAAAGCUCCGAAGAGAACGAGCGACUCGACGAGUCCCUACGAGAGAAUUCCUAUCUGCGCCAAGAACAGCCGAAUUUUUACAGAUCUUACGGUUUUUCAGAAAAUAACGGUAACAUUGAUGCGACUGCGAGACCCAACGAUAAUAUCGAGCCAGUAGCUAGUAGCCAGGUCGGCAGUAUCCAGGACUCGGCUACCAAUCUAUAUUCUACUUAUCAUGGCUUUCCGAAGGCAGCCUUUCCCCACGGACCAUUUUUAGAUAAACCCUACGGUGGCUUCCAUGGUUUCGGGCCGUACGGGCAUCAUCACGGACACCAUCACGGACACCAUUCGUAUGGUGGUGGUUCUUCGGAAGAGGCAAGUCCGGAGGAGAGCGCGCGAAUAGAGAAUAAUGGAACCAACCGACCUUACGGUCCACCCUACUUCGGCGAGCCUUAUCCCUCAUUUCCCUAUGGGGGGUAUGGUAAUGACUUCUAUGGACCUUAUCAUAGAAACAGGACUGAUUCUCCGGAAAAUGGACACAACAGACAUUAUGGUUAUGGACCUUACGGACCUUACAACGACGGACACGAUUUCUAUGGACCGCCCGGUUAUGGUUACGGCUAUGGUAAUCGCAAUGGCAAUGGUAAUGGCAAUGGUAAUAAUGGCAAUGAUAAUAAUAACAAUAACCAAAGACAAACCGAAGAACCGGGUAAUGGUAAUGGUAAUGGCAAUGGCGAUCAGAAUAAUGCAACAAAAAACGGGUACUCGCCUCCUUAUGGGCCCCCUUGGGUCAAGCCACUACUGGGGACUUUGCACCCCCACGGUUUCCCUUACCCUUUGCCUCUUCACCCCUACGACCAUGGGGUAUUCAAGGGCGGCCCUGUGGUCGGGGUUGGCCCCGUUGGCUAUCCCAUAUUUGCCGAUCCGUUUCUAGUUGGCUUCCCACUUCAUCCUUACGGACCCUUCUUUCCCGGUAAGAAAUAUCUACCGAAGAACAAACCCGCCGAUUCAGGUGAAUCAACGGAGGCACCAGCCGAACUGACGGAGAAUGAAACUCCCGAACGAAUCACUGCGACCGAGGAGGUGGUAGCACCGGCUUCGAGCUCGAAUCGAUUUAAGACAACGGGACGAAAAGACUUAAAACGGAUCAACCUGGUUAAUCUCCAGACCCGAAGAGUCUAAUUCAUGAAAUAUUAACAAUUUAGUUGAGGAAAGUAAAUUUAAAUUAUGACGAAUUGAACACGAAGACAAUAUUGGACAUUUUUCAAAGAAUUUUUAUCUUUUCAGGAAGUACUCUAUUUAAAUUUAAUAAAUUGUAAAAAAAUAAACAUUGUACAUAAUUUUAAGUGCAAACAAAAACUUCAAAGCUCAGCUUAGAAUUUGCAAGGAAAAUAUAAAGUAGAUAAAUAGUAUUUAUAAUGUUAACAAUGUAUUUAUAAAUUUUAAGAACAGUUUAAAACAGAAAUUUUGCCGAUCUUUUAAGUUUUAAGAAAUAUAUAUUUAUAU